ACUAUUAUCCAAGAAAAUCAGAUAAAAUUGAAAAAACCUGCCAUAAAUUGUUUAAAUGCUGUUUAUAAGAUUAUGAUAAAAGAAAUGAAUGAGACUAUAGAAAACAUCUUUUCAAGAUUUUCUGAUUUAGUUUGA